AGAGCAGACGAUUCAGACAGCACGUUUUCUCUUUAUUUCUAUUUGCUUGAGUGGAGCACAAGUCGAAUAUUGUGCAAAAUCUCCAGAAAUGCGCAUAGAAAAGUGUUAUUUUUGUUCCGGACCCAUGUACCCGGGUCACGGAGUUCAGUUUGUCAGGAACGAUUGCAAGAUCUUCAAAUUCUGUCGCUCGAAAUGCCAUAGAAUGUUCAAACGCAAGAAGAACCCGCGUAAACUUCGCUGGACCAAGGCCUGGCGGAAAGCGCACGGCAAAGAGCUCAUCGUGGAUCCCGUCUUCGAGCUCGAGAAGAGAAGAAACCGCCCCGUCAAAUACAACAGAGAAUUGUGGCAGAACGCGAUUGGAGCGAUGGAAAAGAUCGUUGAAAUCCGCGAGAAACGCGAGGCACACUUCAUAAUGAAUAGGUUGAAGAAAGGUCGUGAACUCGAGAAGGAGCGCGACUUCAAAGAGGUCGAAAGAGAUCUCUGCCUCAUCAGGAGUGCUUGCGCCGGAGAGAAGAAGAAAGAGAAAGUCACCGUCGAGCAAGCGGAGUCGGACGAGGAGAUGGAGUCCGUGCUCGAGAACGGCCAGGAGACCGUUACUGUUAUCGAAGACGGUGUCGUCAAGAAACGCACCGUGAACGGCCAACCGCAACCCAUACAGCAGCAGCAGCAAACUAUCGGUUACGGAUUCACAGUGCACGGCUAGUGAGAUGCGAGGUAGAUCGAACUAAGUGAACGAGGCAAAAUCUGCGCCAGUCAAAACCCAAGCAGGCAGAGACGUCAACAGAAUACCGAAGGAUUCAAACGAUGAUGAAAAUGAAGCGUCGUCCCCCGUCUUUCGGAGUUAAUCGGGGAAAGACCAUGUGUCAUAGAUAGUGUGGUCUACGGAGAAUCACUAAAUACAAUAUUCUCAAUGGAGGAGGAUGCGGACACAUAGAAGAACAUAAUGAAGAAAUAAAUAACAA